AUAGAAGCCAUGUUAGAAUGAUUGUGUUAGGACUUAGGAGCAGGCUUGUUUGGUAGUCAUGCAAGUCUCACGUUGUUUACCAUGAGAAGUAGAACAGUACAACACUCUCUUAAAAACAAUGCUAUGCAGAGGUAAACCAAGAGCAAAUGAAGCCGAACCUGAACGAACAAGUGUUGACGAUACUAGGCAAAAGCAACCACCUCAACCACCUGAAGCAACUCCAAGCUCACCUCACCACCCUCGGUCACGCCCAUACCGACUUCUACGCCUUCAAACUGGUUCGCUUCUGCGCCCUCACCCUCUCCAAUCUACCCUACGCUCGCCGCAUCUUCGACCACCUUCACUCCCCCAACAUCUACAUCUACACCGCCAUCAUCACCGCCUAUGCUUCUCGCCCCAACAACCACUCUUCCACCUUCUCCCUCUUCCGCCGCAUGCUCUGCAACUCCAACCCAACCACCACUCGCCCCAACAACUUCAUCUACCCCCACGUCCUUAAAUCAUGCCAUGAACCGCGAUCAACCGGAGCGGUGCAUGCCCAGAUCGUAAAAACCGGUUUUGAGCAGUACCCAAUUGUGCAAACGGCUCUCGUGGACUCCUACUCGAGGGGUUUGGGUGGUUUGGGGAAUGCGGAGAAGGUGUUUGAUGAAAUGCGUGAGAGAAAUGUUGUGUCUUUUACUGCUAUGAUUUCUGGGUAUGCGAGGGUUGGGGAUGUUGAUAGUGCUUUGAAGUUGUUUGAUGAAAUGCCGGAGAGGGAUGUUCCGUCUUGGAACGCUCUCAUUGCCGGGUGCACUCAGAAUGGGUUCUUCUCUGAGGGGAUUAGGUUGUUUAGAGAAAUGGUGGCUCUUGCUGCGGAGAGAGGGUAUAGGUGUAACAAGCCGAAUCCGGUUACUCUGGUUUGUGCACUUUCGGCGUGUGGCCACACUAGUAUGCUUCAGCUUGGGAAGUGGAUACAUGGUUAUGUUUACAAGAAUGAUUUUUUCGUUGACUCGUUUAUCUCGAAUUCCCUUGUGGAUAUGUAUGGGAAGUGUGGUAAUCUUGCACUGGCGAGGAAGGUUUUUGAGAUGAAUCCCGAUAAGGGGUUGACUUCAUGGAAUUCGAUGAUUAACUGUUUUGCGCUCCAUGGGCAAAGUGAGGGCGCCAUUGCGGUUUUUGAGCAAAUGGUGGAGUGUGGCGGUGACGUGAGACCGGACGGGGUCACAUUUGUUGGGUUACUGAAUGCUUGUACUCAUGGUGGAUUGGUUGAACAAGGGUGUUCCUAUUUUGAGAUGAUGACUCGGGAAUAUGGGAUAGAGCCUCAGAUUGAGCAUUAUGGGUGUUUGGUAGACCUUCUUGGUCGAGCAGGUAGAUUUGAUGAGGCAAUGGAAGUUGUUAGGGGUAUGAGCAUGGAACCAGAUGAGGUGGUUUGGGGUUCUCUGUUUAAUGGAUGUAAGGUUUAUGGCCGUACAGAUUUGGCAGAAUUUGCAGCCAAAAAGCUACUUGAAAUAGAUCCCCAUAAUGGUGGUUAUGGCAUAAUGUUGGCUAAUGUAUACGGGGAGUUAGGAAAGUGGGAUGAAGUGAGGAAUGUGUGGAGGAUAUUGAAGCAACAGAAGUCUUAUAAAGUUCCAGGCUGCAGCUGGAUUGAGAUUGAUGACCAGGUUCAUCAGUUCUUUUCUCUUGAUCAAUCUAGCCCGAAAGCAGAGGAGUUGUAUAGCGUCUUGGAAAGUCUCAUUGGUUUUGGAAAUGAAGUUAUGAUCGAACAACAGGCCUUAACCACUUAAUUGCUUAACUUUCAAAAUUCACCUGGCUAGAUUUGACCAUGUUAAACAAAGAGAGGAAGAGGCAGUGUACUUCAGAAAAGGGAAACUCAAGACUGAUCAGAAAAACCAUAUCCCGGUGCUAUCUACUAAUUCCUGGUACAUGUAGUCACGUGGCCAAGGAUUCUGAGGGGACGCUUAAUUGUUUUAUGGAAUUAUUCUCUGGUGUAUUGCGGUUUUGAAGAUUUGUCAAGAGAAGAGAAGUGAAAGGAAAGAAACAAAUUCUACUUCUGUUGGUUUGGUACUCACCGUGAUUAAGUUAAUGCUCAGCAAGAUGAUUCUUGUCUGAAGGACUUCAUAGUGAAAACGAAGUUUGCAGAGAAAAACUGAAACUUUUGGUCCAGUAUACCUCGUGAAAAGACAGCUCAAUAUAACAAUCUGCAGAACCAGAAUGAAGCAUUCCAAAUCAAGCCCGUGUCUUGGACAUGUUUUCUUCAUUUCAGUUUCACCACUUCUAUCUUUUUUUGGUGUUGGAGGAUAGACAAACAUGUGUUUGCUAAAUUUUCAAGAUUUUGCAGCUUACUCACUUACUGGAUCAUAUACUAACAUGCUUUCUGAAUCUUGUCCAGUUGCAAUUUUUUUUUUCACUGGAGGGUAUUGUCAAAGGUUUGUACAUGACCGAUUCAUUCACAACCUUAUAUAUUUGGUUGUCUGUCAGAUAUAAGAUUAUUUGAUGAGUGGAAGUGCACAUUUUGUUUUUUCUCUUUUUAUUUUGGACGAGUGCUGACGAUCAUGUAAAUGAACCAAAUGCUUCACCUACAUACAGCUGAAGGUUUCAAUGUUCUGCUCUACUCUAGUCCCUAAAUCCUUUUGUUGCUGAGUGCUAGAUAAUUUAUUUACACCUUGUAAUGUUAGUAUAUGUUAUUCUAUGGAUGAUAACAUCAAC